UAGAUAUAAAGAGAGAGUGAGAUUACUUCCAUUACAACUCUGCUCAAACUGAGAGAGAGAGAGAGAGAGCACAGAUCCGUUGAAGCUUCACUUUUGCUAUCUCGAUUCUGUCUCACUAAGUUUUCUCGCUUGUCCCUCGAGAGAUUGACACUUUGCCGGCGUUUUCGUUUUACAUCUCGACUCGACGUCGCAGAAUCAAGUCUUCUUCUCGCAUUGGCACAAUCAAAAGUCGUGUUUUUGGAGUAAAAACAAAAACCAAACUUUAAGUCUCUUCAAACCCAUACGAUGAACGAUCUUCUAAAGGGUUCGUUUGAGCUUCCCCGAGGUGAAUCUUCUAGAGAAGGAGAUGUGGAACUAGGGGAGCAAGGAAAUGAUCAAGGUUUAGAUGAUUUCUUCAAAAAGGUUCAAGAAAUUGACAAACAAUAUGAAAAGCUUAAUAAGCUUCUCAAGAAACUUCAGGCUGCCCAUGAGGAGUCAAAAGCUGUGACCAAAGCUCCUGCCAUGAAGGCAAUAAAGAAGAAAAUGGAAAAAGACGUUGAUGAAGUCGGAAGUAUUGCCCGUUUCAUUAAGGGUAAACUCGAAGAGCUGGACAGAGAGAACUUGGCAAAUAGACAAAAACCUGGGUGUGGAAAAGGAUCUGGCGUGGAUCGAUCAAGAACAGCAACUACACUUUCCUUAAAGAAGAAGCUUAAAGACAAGAUGGCUGAGUUUCAGGUUCUAAGAGAGAACAUCCAACAAGAGUAUCGUGAAGUUGUUGAUAGGCGUAUUUUUACUGUAACUGGGCAGCGAGCGGAUGAAGAUACAAUUGAUGAACUGAUUGAAACUGGAAACAGCGAACAAAUCUUCCAGAAAGCGAUUCAGGAGCAAGGCAGAGGACAGGUAAUGGACACCUUGGCGGAAAUACAAGAACGUCAUGAUGCUGUCAGAGACUUGGAAAAGAAACUUCUUGACUUACAACAAAUUUUUAUGGACAUGGCAGUUUUGGUUGAUGCACAAGGAGAAAUGCUUGACAACAUAGAAUCUCAGGUGUCAAAUGCAGUAGAUCACGUUCAAUCAGGGAACACGGCUCUUCAAAGAGCAAAGAGCUUACAAAAGAACUCAAGAAAAUGGAUGUGUAUUGCAAUCAUCAUCCUUCUCAUUGUUGUGGCAGUGAUCGUUGUUGGUGUUCUCAAGCCUUGGAAAAACAAGAACGCUUAGAGUAAUACAAAAGACUUCUUGUUACGGCUUGUUAUUGAGCUAGUGUUUAUGAGAUGUCUGAAGUUUGUAUUUUUUACCAAGAAACGAAAAAGAAAAAAACAAGAUAACAUAUUCUUUUUAAUUGGAUCAAAACAAGUCAUACACAUUCUUAUUUUAUUUUAUAAA